GAUUUUUAUAAAAUAAAAAUGGGUAAUUCUAGAUCUGGGUUACAGUUACAGGCGGAAGACCUGAUUGCAGUACAGAACGAAACCGGGUUUACACCACAUCAGAUAGAGAGACUGUACAGCAGAUUCACAAGUUUGGAUAAAUCUGACAAGGGUCAUUUGACCAGAGAGGACUUCCUUCGAAUCCCGGAGCUAGCUAUUAACCCUCUCGGAGACAGGAUCGUUCAUGCAUUCUUCUACGAAAGCAAGAACGGGGACGAGGAUAGGGUUGAUUUUAAGGAUUUCGUCAGAGUUUUAGCGCAUUUCCGACCAAUCAAGAAGAACAUGGAGAAGAACAAGUUAAACACCAGGAUGGAGAAGUUGCACUUCGCCUUCAGGAUGUACGAUCUGGAUGGUGAUGACAAGAUUUCAAGGGAGGAACUCCUAGCUGUACUAACUAUGAUGGUUGGAGCAAAUAUCUGUCCUGAACAACUGGUUUCUAUCGCAGAGAGAACUAUAAUUGAAGCUGAUACAGACAAGGACAACUUGAUCUCCUUCGAGGAGUUCGCCAAGGUGCUGGAGAGAACUGACGUAGAGCAGAAGAUGUCCAUCAGAUUCCUCAGCUAGUUCAUUCUUAUCCUCUUCAGCUAGUUCAUCCUUAUCCUCCAUUAGCUCAUCCUCUUCCUCAUCCUUCCAAAUUAGUUCAUCCUCAUCAU